AUGUGCCCAACGCCACACCCUCAUAUAUCUAAUUUACUUUCUGUUACCGCCAGCAACAAGCACCUUAAUCCUGAUCCCUUUCCAGAGCAAGAAGAUGUAUUCCUUCUUAUUCACAUAUUAGAGUGUGGAAUUUUGGUUGGAGUCCACCCUAACAGAGUUGAAGGUGAUGUGGAGAAUCCAACUUCAGUGCCCCCCCAUAGCUGGAGUAGUCGUUUGGUCUCAGUCACUUGGCAGCCGUUAAAUUUCACGAUAUGGGAAGUGAUUGGAUGGCUAGUGCCAUUGGUAAAGCAUCUCAAGGACAAGAAGUUGAAGCACCAUCAAGCUCUCCAGGUUGUCAAGUUGUUAUGCAAACAACUUGAAAGAUUACCUGACCCAAAAGAUGCGUCAUCUCACACUAUAGAUGCCGUCAUUGAAGCUGCAAUACAGGUCCGCAACCGCUGUGAAAAUGUUUUCAACCUUGCAUAUCAGAUGAGCAAAAUUAGACUUGCAAUGAUGGAUGUAUAUGUCGACAACGGGAACACCAUCUUGCACUUGGCAGGACAAUUGGCACCACGCUACAAGCUCAGUCUUGUUUCCGGUGCAGCUUUGCAAAUGCAAUAUGAGUUACAAUGGUUCAAGGAAGUGGAAAAAUUCAUGACACCUCGGAUGAAAAACAGUACCAACAUAGAUAACAAAACUCCUCAAGAGGUAUUCACUGAAGCUCAUAAGGAUUUAGUGAAUGAUGGAGAGAAAUGGAUGAAAGAUACUGCAAACUCAUGCACAAUUGCUGCAGCAUUGAUCGUGACAAUAGGAAAGGCCUGGAUUCUAAUUGGGGUGGCUGCGCUUGCUUCUCUUCCUAUCACUUCAUUUGUGUUCCUCCAGUUUCCCCUCCUUGUUGAUGUCAUAUCUUCAACCUAUGGUCCUGGUGUUUUUGGGAAAAAGAGCGAUCGAGCCUUUCGUUGA